CAAUCAGGAAAUGUCUUAUAUACAAUGCCCUAUUUUGAACCCUGAGUCCUUCCUUCGAGGCUGAGAACUUCCCUUUCCCUUUGACUUUGGCCCCUUCUCUCCACAUGUCACUAUUCGCAGAGCAAAUGUGACUCAGAAACCGGUUCCUCAGGGUUGUAACAUUAGAUGAUGCACACUUGGGUCAUUAUGCUGUAAGCCAAUGUCUGUGUUUCAUUGGGCUGGGUUCUCUAGAAGGUAUGUUGCUGCCUGUGUUAUUGGAAAAACAUUCCACAGGUGUGGGAAGAGAGGACGUGCCGCCGGCCUCAGCUUCUAGGGACUUUUCUCUUGGCUGGAAAGGAUUUUAUGUUCAUCAGAAAUACUUCCAGAAGAUUUAAGAAGCGGUAAGGUUGACGCAAAUCUGUGAAGGACCAGCAUGGGGAUCCUAUACUCUGAGCCUGUCUGCCAGGCAGCCUACCAGAACGACUUGGGUCAAGUGUGGCAGUGGGUGAGAGAAGACAGAGCCUAUAUCAACGUUCGAGAUGGCUUGAAUGGAGACACUCCCCUGAUCUGUGCUUGUAGGCGAGGACACCUGAGAAUCGUUUCCUUCCUUUUAAAAAGAAAUGCUGAUGUGAACCUCAAAAACCGGAAAGACAGAAACUGCUUGCAUUACGCUGUGAAGAAAAAAUUUACCUUCUUUGAUUACCUACUCAUUAUCCUCCUAAUGCCCGUUCUGCUUAUUGGGUAUUUCCUCAUGGUGUCAAAGACCAAGCAGAAUGAAGUUCUUGUCCGAAUGUUGCUCAAUGCCGGGGUCGAUGUGAAUGCCAAAGACUGUGAUGGCUGCACGGCCCUCCAUUACGCUUGCCAAAUGAAAAACCAGACCCUCAUUCCUCUGCUGCUGGAAGCUCGUGCCGACCCCAUGAUCAAGAACAAGCGUGGUGAGAGUUCCCUGGAUAUUGUGCGGAGAUUAAAGUUUUCCCAGAUUGAAUUAAUGCUAAGGAAAGCAUCAUAAUCUUUGUGGCCUUGCAUGGAGAAGUAGAAAAAGUUAAAGGACUGGAUUCUAUCUCUUUUUGGGACAAUUGGUCUGUGGACCGUUGAACCUGGAUGCUAUGAUUUUUUGGUAACCAUAAUGGUGGUUUCCAUAGUUAACAUUCUGGAAGAGCUUUGUAUUUAGAAUUUUCUUUGGAGUUCAUC